AUGGUUGAGCUGGGUGUCUGCUGGGCCGCAACGUCAGAAGCACUGUUGAAGCGGAUGCCUGGCUUGCGGAUGAUUCUCGUUGAUCGGGUCAUCGUUCCCGUGGCCCAGCAGCGAAUGCAGCCUUAUGCAAAUCGCACCACGUGGAUCAACGACCUCAGUACGGUGGCGUCAAGCAAGGUGGCAGAUGGGUCCGCAGACCUCGUCUUCAUAGAUGCAGCCCACGAUUACAAGUCUGUCCAGGAAGACCUCCUUCAUUGGGCUUCCAAAGUUCGUCCCGGGGGCAUCCUCGCCGGCCACGACUACCUCGCCGCCGCACCAGGGGUCGUAACUGCUGUGAACGAGUUCGUGCUGAAGCAUGACGCGCUGCUUUGGUUGACCAGAGACAGCUGGUGGCUCCAUCGCACUGAGCAUUCCUGGAAAAGAUCGUGCACUCCGAGCUUGCAGUGUAGCGUGUGA